CCGGCACUUCCGGCCGCCGCGUCCCGCCGGGAUGGAGCUGGCGCGGAUCGCGCUGCCGCCCCCCGGGCCCCGCGAGCUGCCGCUGGCGCUGCUGGAGUUGGGCUGCGGGGGCCGCUUCGAGCUGCUGGCGGGACCCCCGGGGGCGCGGGGGGGCCCCGAGCCCCGCACCACGCUGCCCCAGGGGCUGCCCCCCUUUGCCCCCCCCCCUCCUGUUGGAGCUGGAGCAGCGAUUUUUGGGGUCCCCCGAGUGGAUGCCCCCCCACUGGCACGAGAGAGCCCCCAGGAGCUGGCAGAGGGCACAGGAUCCCUGGAGCCUCUUGGCACUGGAGCCCACCCCGGCGGGGGGGGCGCUGAGGGCCCAGCGGGACCCCCGGAGUGGGGCCCUUAUGGGCUUCACUGAGGAGCUGCUGCCCUUUGUGGGGCUCUCGGCCCAGAACUCCUUGUCCCUGCGUCGCCCCCCAGGCCCCCCCGGGCAGCCCCCCCAGGGCAGCGCCACCAACGUCCCCUUCUGGCCAGGGGGCCUGGAGGAGCCCACCCUGGAGCAGAUCCGUGGCACCCACCAGGAGGAGGAGGACAUCGACUUUGAGACUGACCUGCUGACGACCCCCCCAGGGCUACAACGUGGAGUGGAGUACAAACCCCCAGUGGCAGGGCCAGGGGGGCCCGUCUCCCUCUCCAGCCUCUUGGGGACCCUCGAUGUCUUCGAGUUGGUGGGGGACAAGGCUGGGGGAGGCCCCCAACCUCCCCGAAGUGACGGGGGGGGCAGCAGCAGCCUCCCCCCACUUCCCCCCCGCCGUGCUGACAGCCUGGAGGAGCUGCUGAAGGAGGAGCAGGGCCCUCCCCCGGCCCCCCCAGAACCCCCUCAGGAGGUGUGGGCUGAGCUGCUCGAUGCUGACACCCCUGUGGAGGGCUUUGAGGAGCUGGUGCCUGAUCCAGCCUUCAAGUGGCCGUUCUCCCCCGACCCGUUCCAGCAGCGGGCGGUGCUGGCUCUGGAGCGAGGCCACUCCCUGCUGGUCGCCGCUCACACCUCGGCCGGGAAAACCGCGGUGGCCGAAUACGCGGUGGCCUUGGCCCGGCGUCACAUGACCCGGAGCAUUUACACUUCCCCCAUCAAGGCACUUUCCAACCAAAAGUUCCGGGAUUUCAAAGCCACCUUUGGGGACGUGGGGCUGUUGACAGGGGAUGUGCAGCUGCAUCCUGAGGCCUCCUGCCUCAUCAUGACCACCGAGAUUCUACGGUCAAUGCUUUACAAUGGAUCCGACAUCAUCCGUGACCUGGAAUGGGUGAUCUUUGACGAGGUGCAUUACAUCAAUGAUGCUGAGCGUGGUGUGGUGUGGGAGGAGGUGCUGAUCAUGCUGCCUGAGCACGUCAAGCUCAUCCUGCUCAGCGCCACCGUCCCCAACGCCCUCGAGUUCGCCCAGUGGGUCGGGCGCACCAAGGGCCGCAUCCUGCGGGUGCUGAGCACCCGCGCCCGCCCGGUGCCGCUGCAGCACUUCCUGUUCACGGGGCCGCGGCACCCGACCCUGCACCUGCUGCUGGACGCUCAGGGGGGCUUCUGCACGCGGGGGUACUAUGCAGCCAUGGAGGCCAAGAAGGAGCAGAGCAGCAAACACGCCCAGAGCUUCGGGGCCAAACAGCCCAACAUGGGGGGCAGCCCUGGGCAGGAGCAGGGGCUCUGGCUGGCGCUGCUGCGGCUUCUCCAGACUCGCUCCCUUCUCCCCGUCGUCGCCUUCACCUUCUCUCGCGGGCGCUGCUGGGCCCGGGCCCAGGCCCUGGGGGGGCUGGACCUGCUGAGCCCCCCCGAGCGCAGCCACGUCCGCGGCUUUGUGCACAAGUGCCUGGGCCGCCUGGGGGGGCCCGACCGCCGCCUGCCCCAGGUGCUGAGCGUGUCAGAGCUGCUGCAGCGCGGGAUUGGGCUGCACCACGGGGGGGUCCUGCCCCUGCUGAAGGAGAUGGUGGAGAUGCUCUUCAGCCAGGGGCUGGUCAAGGUGCUCUUUGCCACUGAGACCUUCGCCAUGGGGGUGAACAUGCCAGCCCGGACUGUUGUGUUCGACUCCAUCCGCAAGCACGAUGGCAACAGCUUCCGAGAUCUCCUGCCUGGGGAGUACGUGCAGAUGUCGGGGCGCGCUGGGCGCCGCGGGCUGGACUCGACCGGCACCGUCAUCAUCCUCUGCCCCGGGGCCCUGCCCGAGCUGGCGGAUCUGCACCGGGUGGUGCUGGGCCGCCCCGCCCCCCUGCAGUCCCAGUUCCGUCUCACCUACCCCAUGAUCCUGGGGCUGCUCCGGGCUCAGGCCCUGCGGGUGCAGGAUGUGAUGAGGAGCAGCUUCGCCGAGUUCCCCCUGCGCAGGGACGCCCCGGUGCAGCAGCGCCGGGUGGCCGAGCUGCGGGCAGCGCUGGCGGCGCUGGGGGAGCCGGAUCUGGGGGGGCCCCUCGAAGACUUGCCCCUCUAUCACCGUGCGGCCACCGGGCUGCGGCGCGCCCGGGCGGUGCUGACGCGGCGUUUGGCUGAGUCCCCUGCAGGGCUGCGGGUUCUGGCACCCGGGCGGGUGGUCGUGGUCUGCACCCCCCGGCACCGCAACGCCCUGGGCCUCAUCCUCCAGGUGACCUCCGAGGGCCCCUCCCGCACCUUCACUACACUGGUGCUGAGUGAUCAGCCCCCUGAGGGGGGGGGCACAGCUACUGACCCCCCCUUGCCCCCUGAUGUCCCCUACCCUGAGGAUCUGCUGCUUACCCACCUCUUCCUGCCUGAGGGUCCCUGUGGUUACAUGCUGGAGAAGCUGCAGCCCGGGGACAUCGGGGGGGUGACAACAAAGACUCUGAGGGUGAACCCUGAAAAACUGCUGCAGGAGCUGAGCCCCCCACCCGGCUCCCGUGCCAGGGUACCCUCCAUCCCAUUAGUGGGGGCAGCGCUGCAGGAGCUGGCCCGGCUGGCAGGGGGAGUGGGGGGGGUCCCUCUCUUGGAGCCCCCUCUGAGGGACCCCCCCUCCCUGGAGGCAGCCACCACCACCCGGACCCUUGCCGCCUCCCUCAGCUCCUUCCAGUGUGUCCACAGCCCCCGCUUCCCCCAGCAGUAUUCCCAGUUCGCUGCCCGGCAGGAGCUGCUGGAGCAACUAGAGGAGCUUCAGUUCCAGCUCUCAGACCAGUCGCUGUUGCUGCUGCCCGAGUACCAGCAGCGCCUGGAGGUGCUGCGGGCUCUGGGCUACGUGGAGCGGGGGGACACGGUGGCCCUGGGGGGCCGGGUGGCCUCCCUGCUCAGCUGCCACCAGCUGCUCCUGACUGAGCUGCUCCUGGGUAACGUCCUGGCCCCCCUGAACCCUCAGGAGGCUGCAGCCCUGCUGGGCUGCCUGGGGGGGGGCCCAGGCCGGGGGGGAGCCCCCGAGAACCUCACCCCGCCCCUGCAGCAGGCCCUGCAGCAGCUGCUGGCCCUGGCCCAGCGCCUGGCACAGCUCCAGCAGAAGUUUGGGAUCCCCGAGAGCCCUGAGGAGCCACUAGACUGCAGCCUUGUCCCGGUGGUCUACGAGUGGGCCCGAGGGAUGCCCUUUGCAGACAUCGUGCUCCUGGCGGGGGUGCAGGAGGGGUCCCUGGUCCGGGCCAUCCAGCGGCUGGAGGAGAUGCUGCGGGAGCUGCGCGGGGCGGCGCGGCUGCUGGGGGAGCCAGCGCUGGCGGCCAAGCUGGAGAGCGCCUCGUCCAGCAUCCGCAGGGACAUUGUCUUCGCCGCCAGUCUCUACACUCAAUAAAAGCCCCAAGCCCCCUG